UAGAGACAAGAGGAGUGGUUGUGGUUUAAUUAAUUUCCAUGUCCACAUUCUCAUCAAAUUUCCCAUUGAAAAACAAGGCUUAUUUUUCUCAAAAAUCUUAUUAAAAAUUUUAUAUACAAAAGAAGAAGAAACCAUGAACACAAAUUCAUGUGAAUCUAGGCCACAAAAUCAUGCAAAGUUUGACAGAAAGAGCGAACUCAAGGCCUUCGAUGAGUCAAAAACUGGUGUGAAGGGACUCAUAGAAGCUGGGGUCUCAAAAAUCCCAAAAAUUUUCAUCCAUGACCAAGACAAACUCGAUGAUUAUAGAUCAGCUAGUGGAGACUCAAACUUGUCAAUUCCAGUCAUUAACUUAGAAGGAAUCAAUGAUGAUAGUGCAAGAAAAUAUGUGGUUGAAGAAGUUAGAGAUGCAUGCAAGAACUGGGGUUUCUUUCAAGUGAUCAACCAUGGAAUUUCAUCAAACACUUUGGAUGAAAUGAUUAGUGGAGUACGUAGGUUUCAUGAUCAAGAUCCUGAGCUUAGGAUGAAAUUUUAUGCUAGGGAAGAAUCAAGUAAUAAGCUAAUGUAUAACACCAACUUUGACUUGUAUCAAGCUUCGGUUGCAAAUUGGAGGGACUCCAUUUAUUGUUGUGUGGCUCCAAACCCUCCAAAUCCAGAAGAUUUGCCUCAAGUUUGUAGUGAUAUAAUGUUGGAAUACUCAGACAAAGUGAGGAGGCUAGGGUUUACUCUAAUGGAAUUGUUGUCAGAAGCUCUUGGUCUAAACCCUAAUCACUUGAGAGAAAUUGGUUGUGCUGAGGAACUUUUUUUUGUGGGGCAUUACUACCCUGCUUGCCCUGAGCCAGACUUAACUAUGGGACUCACCAAACACACUGAUAGUGCCUUCAUUACACUGUUGCUACAAGACCAAAUUGGUGGACUCCAAACCCUCCAUGAAAAUCAAUGGACUGAUGUGAAACCAGUACCAGGAGCCCUUAUAGUAAAUCUUGGAGAUAUGAUGCAGCUAAUGACCAAUGGUGAGUUCAAGAGUGUAUAUCACAAAGUGGUGGCACAGAAAGUUGGUCCAAGGAUUUCUGUGGCCAUUGUUUUCAGAAAUAUGAGCCAAACACUCUAUGGACCCAUAAAGGAGCUGCUAUCAGAAGAAAAUCCCCCACUCUAUAAACAAACCUCUUUGAAAGAUUAUGUCUCCUAUGUUCUUUUAAAAGGGCUUGAUGGAAAACCUGGCCUUGACCAUUUCAUGCUUUGAUAUAAUUAGUAAGUUAUACUCUAUAUUACUCUAUAUUGUGUAAUUUAAUAUAAUUCAUAAAGUGAAAUACAAAAAAGAGCAUCAAUAAUUGUAGGGCUAA